UGACCCGAUUUCACGGCGACCCCUCGGCUUGGUGGAUCGGUCAGUUUGUGACCUACGCGUCCAGACCAAACGCCAUGAUGCAGACGUUCCUAAAUGAAGGCAAAGACAAGAUGGGCUUUACCAAUCCUAUUGUUGGAAUACAGGUGCGACGGACAGACAAGCUCAUAUGGGAGGCCAAGUUUUACAGCCUCGAUGAAUAAAUGCGUCAUGUCGAAGAAUGGUUCGAUGUGUACGAGAAGCAGCAUUCUCAUAUCCAGCGGAAAGUGUACAUAGCGUCCGAUGAUCCAGGCGUCUUGCAUGAAGCGAAAAAGAAUUAUCCCAACUACACCUUUGUGACUGACAACGAUGUCUCAAAGAUUGCAAACGGGAGAAGUCGCUACACCGAUGCCUCCUUACGUGGCAUUAUUCUCGACAUUUACCUGCUGUCGCGAUGUGAUUAUCUCGUCUGUACGCUCUCAUCUAAUGUCUGCAGAGCGGCGUACGAGUUGAUGCAGCCGCUACACGGCGAUGCCUCCAAGUGGUUUAAAUCACUUGACCACACCUAUUACCUCGAGACUGACCACCCACACAACUUUGUUGCGCUUGAGAAUCACCAGAGUCGACGCGAGGGAGAGAUCAGCUUCAAUGCUGGGGACGCGAUACGACUGGUUGAAAGCCGCUGGGACGGGUAUUUCAAUGGUACACAUGUGAAGACGGGCAAGUCAGGUCUAUUCCCGUCAUACAAGACCGUGACUGUAAUAGAGCGGGCGAAGAUGCCUACAUACCCUGAGGUGCCAGAUUUGCUAUGACGUAAGGCUUCUUCAAUCUCACAUCAGCGCAUCAAAAUCAGUUAAAGUAUAAAUAAAAUUGAUGCUUAUCUGCAUAUGUUUUGUUCAAGUGUACUAUUUUUUGUCUCCAGUUGUUUACAUUUUUUCUUACAAAAAAGGAUGCUUUUUUCAGUGUUUCUAGUAUGUUAUAUGUAAUAAUACUCUAACACUAUGUUCUACAGUGGUGUAUGUUCCAGCUGGUAACAGUGGAUUUAUGAAGAAAAUAAGAAAAUAAGGACUUAAAUGAAAAAGAUGUGAUUAUUUACUCUUUUUGAAAGAUUUCAUUAGAACUGGUUCAUGUAUCACUUAAGUAUAUGCUGUUUUAAUUGUGCAUAUUGUUCCAAACUUACAUGUAAUAUAG